CUACACUCGACGUGAGUUUGCUUGCGGGUGAGGAGUGUAGAAAGUGCUGUUCGCAGACUGCGCGGUGAAGGAAAGAAGGCGACAGAAGAGAGAGCCAUAGUGCUGACGUUGAAGGCCCGGCCCUGUGAGGUUGCACAGGGUAAGCGGCGUUGGCCAGGAGGCAGUGGCGAAGGGGAAGCAAAGAGGAUUUGGGCUAGGGGCGGGGCCUGCGGCGCAGCGUGGCUCCUGAUUGCUGGAGCGCCGCUGCCAAUCUCGCAGAAUCGCUCGGUUAACCAGUGCGCUGGCUAGACGCGCUCAGAUAUACUGAGUGAGCCCUGAGAAGCAGUCUCAGAUCCUGACGGUGCAGCAGCCCGGAGCCUCAGCCAGGGAGUCCUAGCCGCUUUCAAUGGAGGAGAAGCCCGGCCAGCCACAGCCUCAGCACCAUCACAACCACCACCAUCCGCACCAUCACCCCCAGCAGCAGCAGCAGCAGCAGCAGCAGCAGCAGCCGCCGCCGCACCACCACCACCAUUAUUACUUCUACAACCACAGCCACAACCACCAUCACCACCACCAUCACCAGCAGCCUCACCAGUACCUGCAGCAUGGAGCCGAGGGCAGCCCCAAGGCCCAGCCUAAGGCGCUGAAACAUGAGCAGAAACACGCCCUCCAGCAGCACCAGGAAACGCCGAAGAAGAAAACAGGCUAUGGUGAACUAAACGGUAAUGCUGGAGAACGAGAAAUAUCUCUAAAGAGCCUGGGUUCUGAUGAAGCAACCAGCCCUAUUUCCAGGGUCCUCAAUGGCAACCAACAAAUUGUAGACACUAAUCUGAAGCAGACUGUAAAGGCCAGCACCUUUGGGAAAGCAGGAAUUAAAACCAGGAAUUUCAUUCAGAAAAACAGUAUGGACAAAAAGAAUGGGAAAUCUUAUGAAAAUAAAUCUGGAGAGAACCAGUCUGUAGACAAGACCGAUACGGUAGCAAUUCCAAAUGGUGUUGUAACAAAUAAUUCUGGCUAUAUUACUAAUGGUUAUAUGGGCAAAGGAGCAGAUAAUGAUGGUAGUGGAUCUGAGAGUGGAUAUACCACUCCUAAAAAAAGGAAAGCUAGGCGCAAUAGUGCCAAGGGUUGUGAAAACCUUAAUUUAGUUCAGGACAAAAUAAUGCAACAAGAGACCAGUGUCCCAACCUUAAAACAGGGACUUGAAACUUUCAAGCCUGACUACAGUGAACAAAAGGGAAAUCGAGUAGAUGGUUCGAAGCCCAUUUGGAAGUAUGAAACUGGGCCUGGAGGAACAAAUCGAGGAAAACCUGCUAUGGGUGAGAUGCUGCGGAAAAGCUCUGAUAUUAAACCUGGUGUGAGCAGCAAAAAGUUUGAUGAUCGGCCCAAAGGAAAGCAUGCUUCUGCUGUUACCUCCAAAGAGGACUCGUGGACCCUAUUUAAACCACCCCCAGUUUUUCCAGUGGACAAUAGCAGUGCUAAAAUAGUUCCUAAAAUAAGUUAUGCAAGCAAAGUUAAGGAAAACCUCAACAAAACUGUACAGAAUUCUUCUGUGUCGCCAUCUUCAUCUUCAUCCUCUUCGUCAUCUACUGGGGAAACUCAGACCCAAUCUUCAAGUCGGUUAUCCCAGGUCCCUAUGUCAGCGCUGAAAUCUGUUACUUCGGCCAACUUUUCUAAUGGGCCUGUUCUAGCAGGGACUGAUGCAAGUGUGUAUUCUCCAGGGGGUCAGCCACUGCUAACUACUGCUGCUAAUACUCUAACACCCAUCUCUUCUGGGACUGAUUCAGUUCUCCAGGACAUGAGUCUGACUUCAGCAGCUGUUGAACAAAUUAAAUCUAGCCUUUUUAUCUAUCCUUCAAAUAUGCAAACUGUGCUGUUGAGCACAGCACAAGUGGAUCUACCCUCUCAGACAGAUCAGCAAAACCUGGGGGAUAUCUUCCAGAAUCAGUGGGGUUUAUCAUUUAUAAAUGAGCCCAGUGCUGGCCCUGAGACUGUUAUUGGGAAGUCAUCAGAUCAUAAAGUGAUGGAGGUGACAUUUCAAGGGGAAUAUCCUGCCACUUUGGUUUCACAGGGUGCUGAAAUAAUCCCCUCAGGAACUGAGCAUCCUGUGUUUCCCAAGGCUUAUGAGCUGGAAAAACGGACUAGUCCUCAAGUUCUGGGUAGCAUUCUAAAAUCUGGGACUACUAGUGAGAGUGGAGCCUUAUCCUUGGAACCCAGUCAUAUAGGUGACCUGCAAAAAGCAGACACCAGUAGUCAAGGUGCUUUAGUGUUUCUCUCAAAGGACUACGAGAUAGAAAAUCAAAAUCCUCUGGCGUCUCCUACGAACACUUUGUUAGGCUCCGCCAAAGAACAGAGAUACCAGAGAGGCCUAGAAAGAAAUGAUAGCUGGGGUUCUUUUGACCUGAGGGCUGCUAUUGUAUAUCACACUAAAGAAAUGGAAUCUGUUUGGAAUUUGCAGAAGCAAGAUCCCAAAAGGAUAAUCACUUACAAUGAAGCCAUGGAUAGUCCAGAUCAAUGAAGGACCAGACUGCCUAUUUGUAACCUUUCUGCAGCAUUAGAGCCACCGUUCUUGGGGGACACAAGGCUUUUAUGCUCCUAGAUCUUCAACGCAGCAGAGGAACCAUAAGUAGAAUCACAGGAUAAUAUAUACAAAUAUAUAUAUAUACAUAUAUAUAUAUAGUUAUUUAAAAAAAAGGCAACUGAAAUUAAUUAGACUUCUUAAGGAAUCAAAUUUAUUUCAAGAGACUACACAUGGUUAUUUAAUCUCCGGUACUGAAUAGUUUUUUUUUUUUCUUUUUUCUUUUGUUAGUUUUUGUUUUUAAGUGUGAAUGCAAGUGAUUAAUGAAUACAGACUUAUUAACAAGCGUGGUUCUAAAGUUCCUGCUGUCAUCAACUUGGGCAACAAAUGACCCACUGGAAAGGCAAAUCCACUUAAAAGAUCUCUGUAUCUUGUUCUGUGACUAAAGUGAUACACUAAUCACGGGGAACCCAGAAUGAUUCACCAUUUUACCCCACUCCUCCCUUAAUCUUUGGUUAUACUUUGAGCCCUGCGAGAAUGCUGGAUAAAUGCCUUGAAGUUUGCAGGGGUGUAUUUUUUUUUUAGCAAAUAUGAUUUGCAUGUCUUGCCAGGAGUUAAGCAGCCUCUGUGGGAUGUUGGGGAAAUAUUUUCUUUCUUUUCCUUUUAUUUUUUGUGGGGUGGGAAUAGGGGAGGGCAUUGAAGUUCUAUAAUUCUGGAAUAGUUGGUGAUAUAUAGUUCACUUGGCUUUGGUUACAUAUUGGACUUCAACAAGUGAAGAAUCCAGGAGUGUCAUUUAAAGAAAAGUUACAGAACAAACAAUUGGCUUUAGAUAUAUAAUAUGGAAAAAUAUUCCUUUGCCCAUAUUUUAAUGUAAUUGUAUAAGUGGGAGCAAAAAUAUAUUCUGCUUUUCAACUGUAGGUGCUCCAGACUUGCUCUCUGUCACUAACACUAAAUGUGCUGUUUUCCUUGUUUUUCAUUGAACAUCUAAAGAGAAACUUCUGUACCUUUCUGUAAAUUCUCUUUUAAUUUCUCAGAAAUAUCUAAAAGGGGAAGAAAAAUUUCCAUGAAAACUAUAAAACUUUUCAUGUUUUUAGCCAGUGAGGAGGUAAUAAACCCUGCCUAUAGAAGGUGUGUUUUCAUGCAAACUAUACUUCUGAGCUUAUUAGCUUCUAAUUUUAUCUUAAUAAAUAUAUUUUAUUACUAGAGCAAAAUGGGUUUUUUAAGGAAAAUAAUGUGAAAUUCUGGAAAUUUUCUUUUGGGCAGAGAAGAGCAUUAGCCCUGUCUUACCAUCACAUUGCCAUCCUGUUGCACUGCAGCUUGUAUAUAGCACGCUAAGUUUUUUUUGUGUGUGUGCAGAAACUAAGGGUCCAAUUUAAGAUUGGGUGAUGUUAGUGGCAUAAAAACAAGUUCUCUGGCCUGACAUAGCAUCACAUCACACACACACAUACACACACACACACACACACACACACACACACACACACAGAAAUUAGUAUGUCCAUGUAUGUCAAAUACAGGUUAAAAUAGCAGGGCAUUUAUAUAGAGAGGUGUAGUCUUCUAAUAAAAGUAGACUGGAUCCCCUGGGGUGUUUGGGGAAGAAGGUACCUACUUUUGCUCAGACCCUUUGCUUAAGAAAUGUCCAGUUUUGAGCGACUGUAGUAUGGAUGAGUUUUCUUGUUUUGUUGAUUAUUUGAGACUUUUAACAAGUAGUUUGUGGAAGAAGCUGUUGGACUCAACAUAGAGUAGAGAAAAUAUCUUUAGUCUGGAUUUCUGCCCUGCUUAGAUUUUAAAAGUAUAAGCAUGGAUUGCCAAUUCCACUUGAUGUAAACAAAACUUUUUAUACAUAAUAUAUAUAUAUAUAUAAUAACUUAUUGUAUCAGUCCAGGUUCAGAAACUUGUGGUAGGCCAGUUCCAGAUAGUUUCAUUUCACCUGUAAACUGUAUCACUUUUACUGAUAUUGUAAUUUUCAAAUGUAUAAUAUGUUUACAGAUGUGCCCUGCAUUUAGUCUGCCUUGUUCCUAUUUUGAUUUUUGUUGAGUCUCCUGCCUGCUUGCCAAAAGCUAGGAUGCUUCAGGCCCAUGUACAAUUGAAAGCAGAGGCAUCCUUGAGCUUUAAAGCAUUGAACAAACUGGAAAAUGCAACAUACCACAUACUGAAGUGAAAGAAGUCUGUGUUUUCGUGUUUUUUUUUAAAUAAAAAUUUUCAAAAAGUUAAAAAAAGAUAUAAGGUUGAUUAAAGGACAAAAAAGGCUCCAGUUUGUUUUAUAGGUUUUAAAGUUCUGCUGUGUGUUCAAUUGCCUUGUGUAACCACUUGUCGCCUUAGGGCCAGAUUCCCCCUGCACCCCCCCUUUUUUUAAACGUCCCAUUUUGCUUGCCUGGAAUUCAAAAGCUCUUCUGUCUCACAACUCACAAGAAACUUUCUGGGUUUGUGACAUAGAGGUUGAAUGAAUAUAUAUUUAAAAAGGAAAAAAACCCACAACAGCCCCCAUCUGAAUUGGGCUUUCUAAUUUAGAAGCAACACUUUUAAAAAAAUAUCUUUAGAAAUCUCUUGUUGCUUUCCUACUUCCCUUCCAUAGCCGUCAGGCCUCCGUGUUUAGAGAAGCCAAAAAGAGAAUGUAUCCCUUACCUGUUUGUCCAAAGGUUUUUGAGUCUCACUUCUAAAUGAAACAAUGCAACAUUUCACCUUGAUUUUCUCCACUGAAAUUUCCUUAAUUAUAUGGUUAGAGGUAUAUAGUUAGGAAUGUCUCUUUCUGGGAACCCUACUGCCCCAUCAUAUUAAUUGUCAGUAUUUUUGGGCAUUGGGUUAAUCGACUUAAUUGCCUAGGUACAAGCAGGACUUUGGGACAAAUCUCCUUUGUGCUGUUUGGUAACACUUAACUCUACUUGUCGCAAUCUUUCUCCUUAGGUCCUCACACAAUUCCUUACAGAGCACUUAUUAAAAAAAAUCUUAAGAGUUGAUCUGUUUUCUGAUUAUUUUUGUGUAAGCUUCUAAACAAACUUCAGCUGUGAUUAAUUUAGCACAUUUAAAUAACAUUAAUGUGUUAUUGUCUGGUAUAAAGAACUUUCCUUCAACUCAGAGUAUUAGUACUGUAGCAUAAACCAAAUACAGUCUAGAGGGGAUUUUUAACAUCCCUCCAUUAUAAAGACUGAAAAAGGAGUGUGUGUGUGUGUGUAUGUGUGUGUGUAGUGUAUGUAUGUGUGAGGGACAGAGGGAGAUAGUAAAAAAUUAGUAAAUGAAUGUGUGUAAGACAUUAUAUUAGUAUUCAGAGAAUGAACUUGUAUUUAUUUUGUGCCAUUUGUUUGCAUUACACAGAAUAAAAGUCAGGUGGUUUUAAUCCUUAAAAGGGUAGUAUUUGAAAAAUGGCACUAAGAAUGAAAUCGUGACCUAUUUUUUUAAUAGCUAUGAAGAUACUAAUUAUGGGUGAAGAUUUCUUUUUUAAUCUGUCUUGAUUGUAGGCUUCUGUGUCACAUACCACUCUUCUUGUAGAUGUCUUGAAUAAUUCCCCUUCCCCACAAAAGACAGGGUGUAUUUAUCUUUCUCUUUAUUCACCCCCACUUUGCUGAACUGAAGUUAAUUGCAUAGCCUUUCCUCUGACUUCUUAGUAAUGAACUAUCACAUAAAGUAUAUUUACAGCAUCUGUAGUUAGCCCUGCCUCCUCCUUUCUGGGAGGGGAUAGACAAUAAUUAGGAAUUUGUUGAUGCCUGUUUGUUUUUUCUUGGAAUAAAUGGCUAGAGAAGGUAUCUCCAUUUUAGAAUUUUGCUGUUCUCCUUAAUUAUCUGCUUACCUAGUCCUUGAGAAUCUGCAAAAACUUUAUAAAGGAAAAAAAAGUGCUGCAUUGGUUUUUCAAAUAACAGUUUUCUAGGGAGAAUAUGGCAAACCUCAGUUACGAGCAUUGUCCACAAUACAAAACCUUCUUCGCAAAACAUUACAUAGCAGCGGUAGUUUCAUGCUCAGUUUUUAGUCUUGUUGCUAACCCAGUUGGAGGCAUCUAAUGGUUUAUCUUCUGAAAACUUUCAAACCCAAAAAGCCGUUCAGUGUGAAAUUUUACGUCCUACCCAAUGGCCACAGGCAAGGAAAACUGGAAGAGGACUUUGAGUUUAAAUUGUAAAUAAAGAGGGAGUCAUUCUGUCAAGGCUUUUUUCAGAGAAAUAGGUUUAACAGUCCCAUUUCCAAGGAUUAGGAGUAUAGUUAUGCCACUGGGCCAUAUCCUCAACACAUGAUCCUUAUACACCUAUGCUAAUUGCAAAAUAGACUGUAGUAGGACAGGUACAUGUUAUGGACAGUUUUUAUAAUGAGGUCUGUUAUGAUGAUGGACUAGUUAGAUUCUGUUUGGGCAGUGCCCUUUGAUAAUCCUACCUAUAACUGAACUGCAUUUUGAAAGAGGUUAGGAUUUGCUCCUCUUCCUCCCCAAAGUAUUGGUAUUUGUUUAAAAGGGGGGAGUCAGAGGACAAAGCUAGAGGUAUGUAUAAUAGCUGCUCUAAGUUUGCAGAUGCAUAGGUUAUCAUCAGUCCUCAAUACUGAUACUAUUUUUAUUAAUGUGACUAAUCAGCAGAGCACCAGGAUUAUUUUAUGGUGAGAAAGAUGGGCUUAUGCUUUGAGUAUCUUAAAAUGUUCUUUUUAAAUAUACUUAAAUCUUUCCAGAUGCAUGAGAGCCAGAACCACCCUGGGUUGGUUUAAAGAAUGAUAAAUCAUUGGCUCCCCUCAAGUGCACUGCUUUACUGAGUUUUAAAUUUCACACUUGUUUUGCUACUCAAUAAGAAUAAAUAGAAUUUUAAGUUGUCUGCGUAAUAGAAACACCCGGUGAAGCAUGAAUGGUAUGUUGCUUUUGCAUUUCUGGGAGUGUCAAAUAGCAGUUAUGGGCAAGAACCUAUGGAACAGCCAUCCUCACAUGUGUUGGGAUUGCUGAUUCAGACUUCCCUAUUUAUCCAUAAAAUUUUGCUUAUGUCCAGAGUUCUAAAGCCAUUUUCUAAUACUGCAGUAUCCCUUUUCUACAGCCUUACUAAGAUAGCUACAAACAUACUCCAAUGCAGUAUCCCUUUUCUACAGCCUUAUUAAAAUAGCUACAAACAUUUUCCCGUUCAGUUUCACUUUUGUUGUAUAUCAAAGUUGAACUCUAUAAACCAAGAAUCCAACUUGAGGUAAAUUAUAUAGCUUUCCAUAUACCCUUUUUUCCUCAGGUGCUAAAUAAAGGCUCCAAAAAAUGGAUACUGCUUUAGUAAUGUCUUUUAUUAAACAUUUCUUUUGCUAGAUAUAAAGAUUUGGUGUUAAAAAUGGUUUUACUAUGUAAAUAUGAAUGAAUGCCUUCAGUUAGCCCCUGUUUGUCUAUUAUUAGUCUGUUUCAUUUAUCCUCUAUAGAGAAGGAUCCUUUCAUAAUCUUGAAUACAUUUCAUUAGGAGUUGUUGCAUUUUUAGAGUGAAAAUACAAGUGUUUUCUGUCUUGGAUUAAUCCUGCUGCUGCUAUGAGAAACUGAAAAUCAAGAAUGUGAUGCACUUUUUACAUUACUAUAUACCAUACCUGUAUAAGUUGCUUUGAAUACCUUUCCUGUAGCACAGCCACUAACAAAAGUGAAUGAAUUAAAUUUUCUUCAGGAGGGAAUUAGUACAAAUAAACUAUUUAUGGUAUUGGCCUAUGAAGGGCAAUACCUUAGGAAAAUAAAAAUUGUUAGUAUUACGUUUUUUGGCCUUAAAAAUGUCUUCUACUACUGAAAAUCUUUUAAAUCUUAGAAUUCUCUUAUUCCCUCUCUGCCUUGAAAAGAGGAUUUGGGAAGAAUGGUUUAAAGGAAAUAUCAUUGGUUUGUUGCUGAUUUAUCUUUUAGAAAGAAAACAAUUGUCUCUAUAAGCUGGGGACUGUUUUGUUUGUAUACAGAGGAGAAAUAGUGCCGUCCAGAGCCAAUCUGAUUUAGUGUAAUCAAAUCAAUCAAAACUGUUCUGCUUCUCUAGAAUAUUUUUACUUAGCAAAGAUGAACUUUAGUAGGAAUGCUACUUGACGAGAGGAAAAGUCAUUUCUCAAGCACAUACCCAAACUUGAAGGAGACUGAACCCAAAAUAAUGGAGGAGAAAACACCAAAUGGGGUGGAGGAAUAUGAGAAAGAUACGUGGUCCAAAGCUAUCUGGUUAUAUUUCGAUGUUGCCAAUAUUGCCAAGCCAAAAUUUUAAUUUGCUUAUUUAAUAUGUUUGUUGGCCAGAGAUCUAUUUUUAUAUCAAUGUGCCUUGCAUGUAUAUUUAAAAAGUUUGGAAAGGCCAUGUAGUAAUGCCUGAGAUAGUUGAUGGUUCUUACCACCUCACUGAUUUUUAUGCAGUAUGAAAUGCUCAUUCUAUCGCCCAACUGGUGCUCUCUGUUUAAAGUUAUAGAUCUUGUCACAAACUGGAACUAUUUUAUAAACUGGGGAAGUGAUUUAAUUUACUUUUUUUGUUGUUUCAUUUUUGUUCUUAAUCUGUUAGUGGCUGUUCUGUAGUGGGAAAUAGUAAAAGGAUUUUUCACUCCCUGUCCCUACCCCCUCAGCACCUUCUUCAAGUAAUGUGAUGACACCAUUUCUUGUGUGCUUUGAAAAAAAAAGUUUCAGCUUGCUGUCUCCUUUAGUGUUAUAAAAAAAAGUGUUAUAAAAAGCAUUGUUUGCAAAAUCUAGGGAGAUAACGGAGUCCACUUUAAUUUGGAAUUCUAUGUGAGCUAUGAUCCAAGUUACUGGCUCUUUCCACCUUAAACAUUUUUAUUGUUAAAGCACCUUGGCUUAGAAAAUUUUAAGUAUUUAUGUCUGCAACAAUUGUCUCAAAAUAAUGAACUGUGCAAUUCUUGUCAUUAAAAAAAAAAAAAGAUCUGAACUCUCCCUAAUGUGACUUGUUAGUUUCUCUGUAUUUCCUGCCAGUGUAAAUGUGAAAAGCUUUGCUUGCAUUACGUUUUAGAAAUGCAUUUUGCACACUCGAAUUUUGCUGAAGCUCCAUGAAAAGGUUAGAUCUAAGUAGAUGAAUAAAGCUAUGCACAUGUUUUGAAAGUUUAAUUUGUGUGUCAUUACCAAAAGUGACCUAUCCUUAUUACUUUGCUGUUCCUAGCUUUACCAUCUUUAGAAACAUGGCUCAAAGUAAUAGUUCUGGGCUAGCUCAUCAGUAGAACUAGAAGAGAGGAGAACUGGCACCUAUUUUAAUAAACUUCAGUUUAAAUGAGAGCUGGACUUGUGUCUACUAAAGGGCUUUUCUUGAAACAGGGCAGUUUUAUCAGCUUUACAAACUUUUGGAUGCUCUUACUUCCUCGUGGAAACUUUGGUUUAUUUGAUCAAAUAGAAAUGGGAGGUAACUCAAAUAUGAGGGAAGGACCUUUGCCGCAUGGAGUUCUGUGACAAUUCUGUGUCUUAAGCCUGAUUUAAAGGUAGGAUAACAUUUUUCCCUUUAUUGCUUUAGCAUAUGUUUGGUUUUAAUGAAUGAAUUGUGAUUAGAAUCAUUCAGCUGUUUAAAGAUCAAAGCACAGAUUGUUUUAAAGAUAAUAUGUAUCUUUUAAAAAUUGCCCAAGCCGAUUAGAAUAAAGUUUAGAAACUGGGCGAAUUUGGUUAAAUUGCUGCAGUCUGCAUGUACUAAAUAGCUUUAAUUCACAUGUAUGUGUACUUUAAACAAUUGUGUAGAUGUACUGGCCAGGUUUGUCAAAUCUUUCAAAAGAUUUUUUGUAAUCUUAGAACUUUCAUAGAAGAGGCUAAAUAAGUUUAAGUAGAAGAUAAUAUUAAUGGUAUUUUCCCCAAGCUCCUCGAUGUAAAAGAAAUAUUUCUGAUUUGUAAGUUUUUUCCUGCGUUUAGAAGAGGGUUACUUCCUAUCAUCAAGUGUGUUCUUGGUGUAUGUUGUUGACUUAGAAAACAGCAAAACCCUUCCUUCUGAAAGUGACGGUCAAACACUAAGUCUAGUAGUCAAGAUGGGAAGGGUAGCCCAUCACGCCUGGCCUUCAGAGGCAGAGAUGCAGGAGUGUCGCAUCAUCUUAGACGGCGGUGGCUACCCCGCAGCAUCUGUCAGGAGUUCACUUGUGUUCAGUCUCAGAACAUGUUGAAGGAGCAAAGGAAGGUCUGUGUCUUGUGUACAUCAGCACUUAGGAGCUGAGUUACCUCUUUUUAUCUGUGGGAAAGAAUCAUUAGUGGACUACCAAUUAUGUUGGACGAUGUUUCUCCUUCCCUCCCCCAAUUAAAAUAAAUUUUUUUCAGUGUUUGUUUUGCCCAGUCAAAAAGAUAGGCCUUUUCUAGAUAAAAGAACAGUGGCCAGAAAUUUACCCUUUUGCUAAUUGCUUAGGUAUUUGCCAUAGCUGUUUCUGAUGUCAUGGAUUCUGAGGAAGUGUCAGUUACAUGAUGAUCUUCCUUUAUUGAUGUCUUACUCCAUGUUCAGUGUUUUAAAAAUAUAAAUUACACUCUACAUCCAUACCCAGAUUUACUUAUUUUAUCAGAAAAAAAACCUUGAGAAAUUUGUAGAUCAAAUUAAAAGACAAUAAGUGUACAUUGUUGAAUAAAAAAUUUUAAAGUU